ACCUAGUUCUAUGUUGUUCCUCAUGACAAUACUAUCAUUUAUAUAUUUUAAAUGUAACUUGAUUGUUUAACUUGAAGUGGUUUAUUGUGAGAGUUUCAUUAAAUGUAUUUCUUUAUACUCAGCUGGGCUGUAAACAGAAGGAUGGAAGCCAGUGGCAGACCGUCCACAGCACAGAUUGUUUUGCUGGCCACCAGUUCAGCUCUGACUGCGGUAUUAUACAACAUAUACAAGAGGAAGGCAAGCCAUGCAACUAGAUUAAGGGAGGCUAAGAAGAUACCAUUAAACCCAGAUCUCCAAACUAUCCUCAGUGAAGCACCAGGAAAAUGUGUUCCUUAUGCAGUUAUUGAAGGUGUUGUGCGUUCAGUGAAGGAGACAUUGAACAGCCAGUUUGUUGACAACUGCAAAGGGGUCAUCGAGAGGUUGACCUUGAAGGAGAAAAAGAUGGUGUGGAAUCGCACAACACAUCUCUGGAAUGAUUGCGAAAAGGUCAUCCACCAACGCACCAACACUGUCCCCUUUGACCUUGCCCCACACGAUGACACUGUUCCCACAACUGUGCGUGUGGUCCGUCCACUCGAUGCAGCCGAACUAGACCUUGAGACCACCUAUGAGAACUUUCACCCCAGCAAGCAGUCUCUGACCAACGUCAUCGGCCACUUCAUCAGCGGCGAGCGCCCGCAGGGCAUCCAAGAGACAGAAGAGAUGCUGCGUCUAGGUGCUAGCAUGACAGGCGUGGGUGAGCUGGUGCUAGACCACAACCUGGUCCGUCUUCAGCCCCCCAAGCAGGGCCUGCAAUAUUUUCUCAGCCGUUUAGACUACGACGCGCUCCUGAGUAAGCAAGAGAGUCACCUGAGGCUGUGGAGAGUCUUUACGGUGCUGUUUGGUUUAGCCGCCUGUGCCACACUAUUCUACAUACUGUGGCAGCAGUAUCUACUGCGUAAGAAGAAAAGGAAAGAGCGCAGCCUAAUGGGCGAGUACAGGAAGUGGCAGAGCAGACGAAUCCAGGAGCUUAACCUGGCAGAGGAUGAUGUGUCACCUAAUAUGUGCACAAUAUGCCUGAGUAAUGAGCGCUCAUGUGUUUUCUUAGAAUGUGGCCAUGUAUGUACCUGCAAGGAUUGCUACAAGGCUCUGCCCGAACCUAAGAAAUGUCCCAUUUGUAGGGCUAGGAUAGACAGGAUUGUCCCUCUGUAUAACAGCUAAAGGCCUUACUUUGAAUAUUGUAUGAUCUUACUUUGAAAUGUGGAGGGCGGUUUAUUGCAUUUUCAUGCCAUGUCAAAUUAAUGUAGGAAUCCAGUUCCGCAGCAGUAUAGACAAGCAUUCUUCUAGUUUAAGUGGGUUAACAGGGAGUUGUUUUUAUAUUUUGUUGAUUGUACUCGCUGAUACUUGGGAAUUGUAAUCAUCACUUUGUGCCUGACUGAAAUUUAAUGCAGUUUGGAAUUUUACUCUAAACAAAUUCAAAAAUAAUGUAUUUUGCAUAAAGAAAAUGAAGCCAAUUUUUCGGAGCAAUAAGAUUUAUUGCAUUGUGACAUUAUUUUUCAUGACAAUUAAAUACAUUUUCACCCCCAAAUUCUCAUUACUGUAGUAGGUUGGUAGAAGGACAUUUUACUUUUUUGUUUGUACGUUUUUGUAGUUCUCAUGAUUCUCAAAGAUUCUUAUUGGGUUCAAUCUUUUAAAAAUCGAGUCAGUUAUUUAUUUAUUAAAAUCAGCAUAAAUUAAGCAUAGAUAAAACUGUACAACAAAUAUUGCAGUGAUCUCUAAAUAUUUUACAAUUGAAAGUAUAUUAUUCGUACGUCGCAUUACAGUAAUGAGAAUUUGAUUUUUUCACAUCAUAGUAGUGAUAAUUUGAGGUAAAAUAAUAUGACAAUGCAAAAAAAUCUUAAUGGUCUUAAAAACAUGCUUAAUUUUCUUUAUGCAAUAUACAGUAUAUACAUAUAUAUAUAUAUAUUUUAUUUUUUUAUAUAUAUAUAUAUUUCACCCCAAACUGAAAUAUGUACUUCUAAAAGUUUGGUGGAAAGGGGCCCGAAGAGAUUUUAAUUUAUAUAUAUAUAUAUGUUAUAAAAACAAUUCUCAUCAGAAGCUUUAAUCGGAAUUAUUAAACGAGAAUAUCUAAAUGGCAUAGAAAGUUGAACUGAAUCAUUCUUUUCUUCCUUUCUUUUUCAACAUGAAAGCUGUAUUGGUUUGGUUCUACCUAUUAUUAUUUUACAAACAACAGUAGUAUGGAUUCAAC